AUGGUGAAGCCGCGCAUCUUGUCGGCGUGGACGCCGUCGAAGCGGCGCGUCCGCGAGGACCUGGAGAUGCACCUCGAGGAGGCGGAGCAGCAGCUCGAGCAGCAGCGGCGCGAGGGCGAGCGCCUGCGGCGCGUCAAGGACGCCUUCGACGCGUCGCUGGAGCUGCGGAGCCGGGAGCUGGAGCUCGCGCUCGAGGACGUGAACCGCUGCAAGCGCUCGAGGAGCGUCGGCGGCGGCGUCAUCGACGACGAGCCGUGCCUCGACCCGAGCCAGCUCACGUCCGCGUUGGUCGCGCUCUACGGCCAGGUCGCGGCGCUCGAGCAGCGGCUCCGCGCGCGGAAGGGCGAGACGGAGGCGCUCGACGCGCGCAUGAAGCGGGCCGACGUCGGCGCCGAGAAGCGCGCCGCCGACGCGCUCCGGGGCGAGAUCGAGGCCGCGCAGCGGCGCUACGAGCUCGCGGCGCCGGACCGGUCGCGGUCGCCCGCGCCGGCGCCGGGCGCGUUCCCCGACGCGCCCGACGGCGCCAGCGAGGACGGGCUGGACGAGGAGCUGGACCUCUACGAGGACGCGCCGGCGCCCUACGGCACGAUGGCCGCCGCGGCGGAGCCGCCGCCGCGGGGCCGGCCGCGGCGGGGCCCGCGGCCGCGCGCGCGGCGGCCCGCGGCCGAGGCGCGCGUCUACCGGCGGAACCGGGGCCUCGUGGCCGCGGAGCUGGCGAGCGAGCGCGCGAAGACGGAGCGCCUGGCCGUCGUCGCGCGCGAGCGGAAGCGGCGCGAGGCGCGCGACGAGCGCGACGUCCGCACGUGGGAGGAGCUCGAGCGGGAGCGCCUCGACGAGAUCAAGCGGCUCAAGCGCCAGCUCCGCGAGGAGCGCACGCGGACGCGGCGGCAGCGGCGCACGGAGCGGCGCCAGGCCGAGCUCGACGAGGACUUCGCGCGGCUCACGGGCGCCGCGUCGACGUUGCGGCGGUCGCCGCGCGGCGACGGGGACCGGGGGGACAACUCGCAGGCGUCGCGGCCCAAGGCGCCGGCGACGCUCGAGGUCGUGCCCAGCGGGUCCAGCGUCGAUCUCCACGGCCUCGCGCGGUCCAUUUUGGCCGAGUCGGCCGCGCGGUCGGCCGCCGUCGGCAAGGGCGAGGAGCUGCUGUUCCGCGCGGUCGUCUGGGACGACUACCGCGUCGUCCGCGACCGGCUCUUCCUGGACCUGCGGUGCCCCGCGGACCGCCACGAGGUCGUCGCGGACCUCGUGGAGAUCAUGUUCGCCGCGGACGUCGCCUCGGCGCGGUGCGCCGACGGCGCCGCGGGCGACGGCGACGAGCCCGCGCCGUCGCCGCGCGCCGAGGGCCCGCGCGGCGGCGGCGGCGGGGCGACGGCGCCCUGCAGCUUCGAGCUGCUGCUCCACGAGGGCGCGGACUGCGGCGACGUCGCGCGCGCCAUCGACGCCUCCGCGGCGCUGGCCCACGUCGCCUGGCGCGCGUCCUACGACGUCGCCGGCGACCGCCGGGGCGGGAAAAGAGAGCGACAUCCCCAACUUCAAAGGCUCCGAUCUCGGCCGUUCUCCGCUCGCGACUGGCUCGUGAUCCACGCGAAGAACGCGCCGUCGCGGAAGGAGGUGCUCGCGGAGCUCCAGCGCCUCUUCCCCAGCGGCCGCCGGGGCAGCGCCCUCGUCGCCGCGGUGGCCGCCGUCGCGCGCGACGCCGACGAGCCCGCGGGCGCGACGCUCCCCUGGGGCGCGUCGCCGCCCGCGCCGCGGCCGGCGCCCGCGCCCGCGCCGCGGGUCCCGGAUCCCGCGCCCCCGCGGAGCGACCCGCCGCCCCCGCGGAGCGACCCGCCGCCGCCGUCGCGGGCGACCGUCGGCCCCAUCGCGGAGAUCCCGCCCUUCCGGGGCGGCGCGCCCGCCGACGAGCCCGCGCCGUCGCGGCCGCCGCCGACCACCAAACUCGCGGAGAUCCCGCCGUUCCGCCCCCGGGACGAGCCCCCGAUCCACGAGGAGGAGAACGUCGAGGAGCCCGGCGUCGACGAGGACGUGGACGCCGACCGGUGCACGUACCACGUCAAGUUCCGGCCCGGCGCGGACCCCUACGAAGUCGCCGCGAAGCUGUUCGCGGUCGCGGCCGUCGCGGACGCGGGCGUCGUCUGGGACCCGGGCAGCGUCGUCGCCAACGCCGGGGACAACCGCUUCCUCGUGACCUGCACGCUCCCCGAGGACGUGUCGCGCGACUUCAUGUACCGCGAGCUCCAGCGGAACCUCGUGCCGCUGUCCGGCAGGUCCAUGGGCCUCGUGACGUUCGUGGACCUCGCCUACGACUGGGACGAGCCGGACCCGGCCAAGGAGAUCGUCACGCUCGACGCGGCGAAGCUCGCGGCCCUCGUCGACCGGGAGCAGCGCGAGCCGUCGGCGCAGUUGGGCGCGUCGCGCGGCUCGGACGCGUCCGACGACUUCGGCGCGAGGUUGGCCCGCGCGGGCCUCGGCUCCGUCGCGGAGGGCCUGCGGGCCGAGGGCGUCGACGACCUGCAGACGCUCGCGAAGAUGACGGAGGCCGAGGUCGACGCGCUCGCCCGGGACCUGGGGCUCAAGGUCGGCUUCGCCGUCAAGCUCAAGGGCCUCCGCGCGGAGGCCGUCGCGCGGAAACGGCUGAGCCAGGCGCCGAGCCGCCACUCCGUCAUGUCCCAGUUCGACCUCGAGCCCCUGGCGCCGGGCGCCCGCGUGUUGGCGCGCCACGGCGACGACGCCUUCUUCUCCGAGGGCGCCGUCGAGGCCGUCGACGGCGAGUCGUACGGCGUGCGCUUCGACUUCGGCGCCGUCGGCGACGACAUCCCCCGGCGGCGGAUCUUCACGGCGAACCAGGUCCAGGACGCGGCGCUGCCCGUGGGCGAGACCGUCGACGCGCUCGUCGAUGGCGAGGACGACGCGCGCGUCGCGACGGCGACGGUCGUCGCCGUCGACGGCGACGCGUACCACGUCGUCUUCGAGGACCCGGAGUUGGGGGAGGCGUCUUUGACGCGCGACCAGGUCUGGGGCGCGUUCCACGACCGGCCCGCCGUCGACCCGGCGGCGCUCCUCCUCGACGACCCGCCGUCGCCGCUGAAGAUGUCGCCGCGCGACGACCCGGCGGCGGAGGAGCCGGAUGAACCGGAGGAGCCGGAGGAGCCGGACGCGGAGGAGGACCCGGAGCCGGCGGAGGCGCCGCCGCGGCCCGGGGACCUCGUCGCCGUCCCCGGCGGCUUCGCCCUCGCGGCCCACGACCACGACCACGACCACGAAAACGCCCCGGCGGCGCCGGAGCCGGAGCAAGAGCGGGACGACCCGCCGUCGCCGCAGAAGCCGCCGCCGCGCGGCGUCGUCGAGGCGCGGCGCUGGGCGCUCGUGCCCGAGGCCGCGGCCGUCGACGCCGCGGCCGUCGACGCGGUCCUCGCGGACUGGGGCGUCAUCGCCCCCGACGACGACGUCGCCGUCCGCGCCGAGGCGACGACCGGCGGCCUCGCGCUCGUCGCCGAGGCCUCCGUCGCGGGCUUCCCCUGGGCGUGGCUCGACGAGCAGCUCCAGGACCGCUUCGCCGAGUUCCCCGACGUGCUCAAGAGCCUCGCGCUCCAGCCCGCCGACCAGUCGCCGCGGGACAAGUCGCCGCGGCGCGGCGGGGCCGUGUCCGCGCCAACGCGCGCGCUGUCGCCGCGCGCGGACAACUCGCCGCGCCGCGACGCCGUCGUCCCGGACGCGGCGCCGGCGGAGCCGCCCGCGCGGCCGGAGAAGGAGAACGCCCCGGAGCCCGACGCGACGCCGCGGCGCGACGCCGUCGUGUCCGCGCCGACGCGCGCGCUGUCGCCGCGCGCGGACAACUCGCCGCGCCGCGACGCCGUCGUCCCGGACGCGGCGCCGGCGGAGCCGCGCGGGCGGCCGGAGAAGGAGAACGCCCCGGAGCCCGACGCGGCGCCGCGGCGCGACGCCGUCGUGUCCGCGCCGACGCGCGCGCUGUCGCCGCGCGCCGACAACUCGCCGCGGCGCGACGCGCUCGUGCCCGGCGGGGAGCCGCCCAAGGCCGCGCCGCGCGCCGACGGCUCGCCGCGCCGCGACGCCGUGCUGCCGAGCGACGCCGCCGUCGGCGCGCCGCCGGAGCAGGGGACCGCGCCCGCCGUCGCGGCGGGGCCGGCGCCCGAGCCGCUCCCCGCGGACUACCUCGCGCCGGGCGCGCGCGUCGAGUGCCGCUACAUGGCGACGUCCGAGUUCUACGGCGGCGUCGUCGCGUCCUACGUCAACGGCCGCUACACCGUGGAGUACGACGACAUGGGCACGGAGCACGGCGUCGACCGGCUCCGGCUCCGGCUGCCCGGCCAGGCCAUGGCGCCGCCCGCGGUGGACGCCGUCGUCGACGCGUGGCACCCCGGGUCCAACUGCGUGCGCCGCGCGUCCGUCGUCGGCCUCGGCGCGGAGCGGGUCACGGUCAAGUUCGACGACGACGGCGUCGUCCACGACGUCGGCCGCGGCAGCCUCUUCGGCGCGUUCCUGCCCCCGGGCCUCGUCCCCGAGCCCGCGGCGUCGGAGACGCCGCGCCCGGGCGGCGCCGACGCGCUCUCGCCGGCCGCGCCCGACGGGCCCCUGUCGCCGUCGUUCCGCGAGGCCGCGCCGCUCGCGCCCAUGCGCGUCGGCGACGCCGUCGAGUGCCGCUACCUCGACACGGCCGAGUUCUACGCCGGAAAGAUCGUCGCCGACGACGGCGACGGCGCGUUCGCCGUCCACUACGACGACGGCGACGACGAGGCGCGCGUGCCCCGGCGGAAGCUCCGCUACGCGGGCCAGGCCAUGGCCGACGGCCUCGCGCUCGGCGAGACCGUCGACGCGGCCUGCGCGGCGCGCGACGGCGCGGUGCUCCCGGGCAUGGUCGUCGAGGUCUACAAGGGCGGCAACUACAAGGUCAACUUCGACGACGCGGACCUCGACGAGGUCGUGCUCCCCCGUGACGCCAUCUUCUCGGGCUUCUACGGCGACGCGGCCGAGCCCGCGGCCGACGCGGAGCCCGCGGCGCCCGCGGAGCCCGCGGAGCCGGAGCCCGCGGCGCCGACCCCGAUCGCGUUCAGCGGCUCCGCGGCCGACAUGCUCAAGUCCAUGGGCGCGGCCGUGCCAGAGCAGCAGCCGCAGACGUCCCUCGAGGACGCGCGCGCGGCGAAGCAGAAGCUCGACGCGGACAAGGUCUGCACGGACGAGCACUGCACGGAGGACCACGCGCACGGCCACGACCACGGCGACGGCGAGGUCUGCACGGAGGACCACGGCCACGGCGGCCACGACCACGGCGGCGACCACGCGAGCCACGACCACGCGAGCCACGACCACGCGAGCCACGACCACGACAGCCACGACCACGACCACCACGAGGAGGAGCCGGCCCACGCCCACGAUCACCACGAAGAAGACUCCGGCCACAAACACGAUGAGCCGGCCCACGCCCACGAUCACCACAAGGAGGAGCCGGCCCACGCCCACGAUCACCACGAGGAGGAGCACGAACACGAGGAGGAGCCGGCCCACGCCCACGACGACGACGCGGUCCACGCCCACGACGACGACGACGAGCCCGAGCCGACGGUCGUGCGCCCGGCGCAGCCGGCCCUCGCGCCCGGCACGCGGGUCAUGUGCCGCUACGGCAACGACGCGGAGUUCUACGCGGGCGUCGUCGACGGCGGCGGCGGCGGCGCCUACUCCGUCGCCUACGACGACGGCGACGUCGAGACGGCCGUCGCGCGGCGCCGGCUCUACGUGCCCGGCCAGGUGCAGGCCGAGGCGCUCGAGGUCGGCGAAACCGUCGACGCGGUCUGCGACGCGCGCGACGGCGACGUGCUCCCGGCGACCGUGGCGUCCCGGUUCGACGACGGCACCUACGAGGUCGCCUUCGACUUCGGGCCCGGCGCCGUGGUCCCGCGGUCCAAGAUCUUCGGCGAGUUCCACGACCCGGAGCGCGCCGCGUCGCCGCGGCCGAAAAUGGCGACGCCCGUGAAGGCCCUCGCGGCCCGGGCGCCCGACGUCGUCGAGCCCGUCGAGGGCCCCGACGCGCCGGCGUCGCCGGACGUCGUCGAGGACGUCGAAAAGCCCGGCGUCGACGACGCGCUCGCCGUCGGCCGCCGCAACAACUACGAGACGCCCAAGGGCGAGGCGCUGACCUUCGACAACGACGACUUCUCGCCGAAGAAGGCGAAGAAGCCCGUCCUCCACGACCACCACGCCAAGCAGGCCGCGCCGCCGUCGCCGAAGGUCGCCGAGGCGCGGGGCCUCGCGGCGCGCGGCGCCGAGGACGCCGUCCGCGAGGCCGCGGCCGGCGUCCUCGCGGCCUCGCCGAGCCGCGAGGCGUUGGAUGACGGCGCGGCGCCCCUGGCCAUGGGCGCCAAGGUCCUCGCGCGCUACGGCGAGGAGCGGACCUUCUACCCCGCCGUCGUCACGGGCGUGCACGCGCGGUCGUACGCGAUCCUCUUCGACGACGGCGACCGCGACGACGACGCGCCGCGGCGGCGGCUCAAGCUCCGGGGCCAGCGCCAGGUCCGCGACCUGGCGCCGGGCACGGCCGUCGACGCCGUCCGCAAAUCCGCGGACGGCCGCGUCGUCGCGGCCGCCGUCGUCGCCGCGGGCGCCGGCGGCUGCCGCGUGCGCUUCGCCGACGACGGCGCCGAGGAGACCGCGGACCGCGACGACGUCUUCGGGCCCUUCGUCGACGACCGCGACGCGGCGCCCGUGGGCACGGUCUGCGACUGCCGCGAGGCCGAGGGCGGCGCGUACGCGCCGUGCACGGUCACGGCCGUCGACGCGGCGACGGGCUCGCACACGGUCUGGCACGCCGACGCGCGGCGCGAGGAGGCCGGCGUGUCCCGGCGGCGCCUGCGCCUGCGGGGCAUGGUGCCGCCGUCGCGGCUCGACGUCGGCGAGGAGGUCGACGCGUGGCGGUCGACGACCGGGUCCGUCGUCGCGGGAGUCAUCGUCUACGCGCACGCGAACGGCUCCUACACCGUGCGCUUCGACGACGACGACGCGGAGCACAUCGUCGAGUUCGCCGCCAUCUUCGCCGAGGGCGUCUUCCCGGAGCUCGCCGCGUCGCCGCGCUACGUCGGCGACAGCGCGCGCGCGCCCCCGAGCCCGCGCGUCGACGCGCCCGCGGUCGUCGCGCCGCCGCGCGAGGGCGCGGAGGAGCCCGCGGCCGAGGAGCCCGCGGCCGAGGAACCCGCGGCCGAGGAGCCCGCGGCCGAGGAGCCCGCGGCCGAGGAGCCCGCGGCCGAGGAACCCGCGGCCGCGACGCCGGCGAAGGCCGCGGCGGCGAGCCCGCGGCCCGCCGCGGCGCCGCUCGAGGCCGGCGCGGCCGUCUUCUGCCGGUUCCAGCAGGACGCGGAGUUCUACCCGGCCACCGUCGUGCGCGACAACGGCGACGGGACCUACGCGGUCCUCUUCGACGACGGCGACGAGGACGACGCCGCGAACCGGCGGGCCAUCUACCGCCCGGGCCAGCAGCAGCACCAGAUCCUCGUCGCGGGCGAGCGGGUCGACGCGGUCUGCCCCGGCCGCGACGACCUCGUGCUGCCGGGCCGCGUCGAGGCGGACCUCGGCGGCGACCGCUACGCCGUGCGCUUCGACGCCGGCUCCGGGAGCCCCCGGGGCCCCGAGGAGCUGCCGCGGACGCAGAUCUUCUCCGACUUCUACGACGUGCCGGCGCCGCGGCCGCUCACGGCGCCGCCGCCGGACAUACAGAUCGACGUGCCCGCCGCGGCGUCGCCGCGGUCCCUCGAGAGCCACGAGCACCACCUCAUGGCGAGCGACGCGGACCACCCGACGAGCCCGCACGCGGGCGCGUUCGACGACGUCGACAAGCAGAGCCACAUCAGCUCCGCGGCCUUCAGCGAGCACAUGGAGGCGCAGUUCGACGACGCCUUCGACGCCUUCAACGACCAGGAGGGCUUCCCGCCGGACUCCGCGUCGAGCGGCGGCUUCGACCGCGGCGAGGACCACGUGCGCGAUGGGGCAGCUCAUCAUGCAAUGAGAACGCUAAAAGCACGCGUGCUCGCGCUCGCGGCGCUCGCGGGCUCGUCGACGGAGCUCUGCGACGAGGCCAUCGCCGUGGCGCGCAAGCUCGAUUCGAAGAAGGCGCUGGCGGCCCUCGACGGCGCGCGGGCGCGGCGCCUCGCCUGCGUCGACGACGUCGUCGCGCCCUUCGCCAUGUGGGCGGCGCGCGCCGGCGACGACGCCCUCGCGAAGAACGACCUCAAGGCCAGCGUGGGCCUGCUGGGGGUCGCGCGGUCGCUGGCGCCGACGGAUCCCACGCUGGCCGCGAAGUUCGUCACGGCCCUGCAGUGGGCCGGCUACGCGACGACGGCCGACGGCGUCGUCGCCGCGGCCCUCGGCGCGGGCCUCUGGCCGUCGAAGUGGCAGCGGCCGUCGGAGUACGACGCGGCGCUCGCGUCCGCGCCGUUCCCGGCCGCGCCGCCCGCGCUCCGCGCGUGCGUGGACGACCUCGAGGCGGCGUACGCGGCGCGCGGCGACGCCAUGCGCGCCGAGGCGGCGGCGCUCCUCGCGGACGCGCGCGAGCCGCGCGAGGGCCUCCAGGCGCCCGGCGGCGGUUCGUGGCUGUACGUCGUUUUGGACGCGGCCGCCGACACGGCGCUCGGCGCGGCCGCGCGGCGCCUCGAGGCGACCUGCGGCCUCCAGAACGCGGGCGUGUCGAGCCUCGACCCCGGCGCGCACCUCCGCCCGCACACGGGCCCGACGAACCGGCGCUGGAGCCUCCACCUCGGCCUCGACGUCGCGGAGGCCGACGAGGCGCGGCUGGAGCUCCUCGUCGGCGGCGAGCGGCGCGAGCGGCCCUGGCGCCAGGGGUCCGUCGUCCUCUUCGACGACUCCUUCGAGCACGAGGUCCGCCACGGCGGCGCCGCGCGGCGCGUCGUCCUGGACCUCUCCGUCCCCCACCCGGACCUCGGGAGGGACGCGUCCAUGUACCGGGAUGAGUCCUACACCCUGAUCGCCAACUACAUGCCCGAGACCGACGUCGUGCCCCACUCCGAGGUCGACCUCGACAUGGAGGAGAUCUCCGCGGCCGUCGACUCCUACGACUGGACGCAGGCCGAGUUCGUCUACUCGAACGGCGGCGGCGGCCUCUGCUCCUCGUCGGACAUCACGACGACGGACACGACGGACUCGUGCUACGGCCACACGACGGCCGACGCCAAGGGCAACUCCGUCAAGGACAACGGCGCGAUCCGCACGCUCCGGGGCUUCGCGACGUCCGGCGCGUCGAAGAUGGCCGAGGAGACGUGGUGGCCCGUCUACAAGAACUACUGGGGCGACGACGACUACGCCGACACCUUCGUGCUCAAGGCCUUCGACGGCGGCGCCUGGGCCAGCAAGGACGACCUCAUGCGCGCGGAGCUCGUCAAGAAGGGCGUCGCGUACCAGGCGGUCUGGAUGUACGUGCUCCACGAGUUCGAGGACGCGAUCAAGGACUGCCUCAGCGGCGACAUCUACGACAACGACGCGACGACGGCUGGCGACUCGCCCCACGCCUGGGACGAGGGCUGGGCCUUCUACGCGGGCUCCAUCGAGGGCACGGACGGCUCCGGUUCGGGCCAGAUGCUCUUCCAGCUCGCCGAGAAGCGCUGCGCUGACUUCGGCACGUGCGCCGACGGCAUCACGGGCGACGCCAACGUCAACACCAAGGCCCUCACCUACGCCGAGCUCGGCCGCGACAAGAUCCUGCUCGGCAUGUGCAGCGACGUCGCCACGGAGUUCGACCUCAUCGUCGACCAGAUGACGAUCCCCCUCAUCCAGGGCAUGCUCAAGUACGCGUUCAAGGCCGACCCGGCGAACACGCAGGGCUCGUGCACGGACGGCGACUGCCCCAAGGAGUGGGCCGAGGGCUGGGCCUUCGCCGCCGCCGUGCUCCCGCGCAUCCACUACUGCUCGUCGAGCGUCGCGGAGGUCAUCGUGGACAACCUCUCCGUGGACGCGUCCGCGCCCAUGUCCGUCAACGGCUACGAGUACCUCAAGACCCAGGUCGAGAAGACCUACUCGUGCCUCGGCAUCACCUGCGCGGAGGUCGGCGAGUUCCAGAACACCGCGGGCGUCUACGACGGCAUGGACGCGUGCCUCGACAACUACGAGGUCAUCGCCGGCUACGAGCCCGCGACGGACGUCGUGCCCCACUCCAUGGUCGACCUCGACAUGGAGGAGAUCUCCGCGGCCGUCGACUCCUACGACUGGACGCAGGCCGAGUUCGUCUACUCGAACGGCGGCGGCGGCCUCUGCUCCUCGUCGGACAUCACGACGACGGACACGACGGACUCGUGCUACGGCCACACGACGGCCGACGCCAAGGGCAACUCCGUCAAGGACAACGGCGCGAUCCGCACGCUCCGGGGCUUCGCGACGUCCGGCGCGUCGAAGAUGGCCGAGGAGACGUGGUGGCCCGUCUACAAGAACUACUGGGGCGACGACGACUACGCCGACACCUUCGUCAUGAACGCCAUCAGCGGCGACUACGCGUCGCUGCCGGACAACAUGCGCGACCAGCUCAUCAAGAAGGGCGUCGCGUACCAGGCCGUCUGGAUGUACGUCAUGCACGAGUUCGAGGACGCGAUCUCCGACUGCCUCGCGGGCGACAUCUGGGACAACGAGGAGACGUCGGACGCGGGCGACUCGCCCCACGCCUGGGACGAGGGCUGGGCCUUCCUCGCGGGCUCCAUCGAGGGCACGGACGGCUCCGGCUCGGGCCAGAUGCUCUACCAGCUCGCCGAGAAGCGCUGCGCGGACUUCGGGACCUGCGUCUCCGGCACGUCCGGGGAGGCCAAGGCGAACCUCAAGGCCCUCGCCUACGCCGAGCAGGGCCGCGACAAGAUCCUCGACGGCGACUGCGUCACGGUCCAGUUCGAGUUCGACGAGAUCGUCAAGCAGCUCACGGUGCCCCUCGUCCAGGGCAUGCUCAAGUACGCGUUCAAGUCCGACCCGGCGAACUCGCAGGGCUCGUGCACGAGCGGCUCCUGCCCCAAGGAGUGGGCCGAGGGCUGGGCCUUCGCCGCCGCCGUGCUCCCGCAGGUCCACGAGUGCGACCACACCGUCGCGUCGAUGAUCGUCGCCAACCUCGACGUCAUGAACUCGGACCCCAUGUCCGAGAACGGCUUCGAGGAGUUCAAGGAGUCCGUCGAGUCCGUCUACUCGUGCAUGGGCAUCACCUGCGCCGACAUGGGCGAGUUCCAGAACUCCGCGGGCGUCUACGCGGGCAUGGACGCCUGCGUCGACGGCUCGGGCACGGUCACCUCCUCCUCCUCCAGCGACGACGACGACGACGUCGACGGCAUCCCCGUCGUCAUCGUCAUCAUCCUCGCGGCCGUCGCGCUCAUCCUCCUCCUCGUCGCCAUCGUCCUCUUCUUCCAGUGGCGCAAGACGGAGACAAAGCUCUACGAGCUCGUGGCCAACGGCGACAAGGCCUCGAACAACAUGCUCUAA